GAAGAAACAGCUGGACUAACUCUGAAGGCAGAACCUGGAAGGAUGAGCCGUCCACAGAGAGAAGGUGAAGCUCUGGGCUCUCAAAGUGCAAAAUCAAACAGAAGGUCAAAGGUCACCCCUGAGUUGGUGGCCCUGCUGGUUCUGUUUGCCAUCCUGGGAGCUGCUCUCAUUGUUAUUUACCGUCUCUCAUUUGAACACAUGAGAACCAAAGAAAGACUCAAACACCUCGAAGCAGUCAAUAAAAAUCUGACAGAUGGACCCUGUGAUAGAUGUGAAGCAGGCUGGGAGCAUCAUGGAGGAAAGUGCUAUCAUUUCUCCAUCAGUAAAUCCUCCUGGAACCAGAGCAGAGCUGAAUGUAGAGCUGAAGGAGGAGACCUGGUUAAGAUAGACAACAGGUGGGAACAGAGUUUCCUGGAUGGAAGACUGAGAAACUUAAUGAAUGAAGCUGAGGACAAGUUCUGGAUCGGACUGACAGACUCAGCAGCAGAGGGCAGAUGGAUGUGGGUGGACAACACACCACUGACUGAAAGUUUUUGGCUCAUCGGGGAGCCGGAUAAUUGGAGAGGGAAAACUCCUGAUGGAGAGGACUGUGUGAGGAUGGGGGAAAAAGGUGGAGCUCCUGACCUGAAGAACUGGAAUGAUGCAUCCUGCUCAGAUCCUCACAGAAGUAUUUGUGAGAAAGCAAAAGUAACAGAACAGAUUAAAUAUGUAUGUACCUGA